AAGAAGAACUCAAAAAAGAGCGGUGACUGAAGCGUAGAGGUUCAUGGUUGUGAUACUGGGAGAGCUGGAGCGAGUGUGAACAGUUUAGAGUUGAGUUACUCACAUGGCGGGAAUCAUCCAAACCCUAGUUCUCACACCUCCACCCACUAAAAUCCUGUCCUUCUCUCACCGAUUCUCCCGUUCUCCGUCCAAUCACGCCGCAUUCCGUUUCAAUUUCCGUUUCAGCCGCUCCAAUUCCACACCCGUCCGAGCCUGCCACCACUCCGAUCAGGUAGAUGGUAAUGGAAACAAAGCUGAUAAGCAUUCCGGUUCGCUCAAGGGCUUGGAUUGGGCUAAACCAUUGUCAAAUUUCGUGGCGAAUAAUUUCCUUCCUUUAGCUCUUGUUGGUGGAGUGACGUUAGGGUUUGCGUAUCCAAGCCUAGGUUGUCUUGCUGAUUCAUACUCUUUGUCAAAAUUUUCCACGUUCGGGAUUUUUAUCAUCUCAGGGUUAACCUUGCACACUGGCGAAAUUAUUGCAGCUGCAGACGCAUGGCCUGUUGGAAUCUUCGGGCUAGUCUCCAUUUUAUUAUUUACUCCAUAUUUUUCGAGGGUAAUAUUGCAACUGCAGCUCCAACCUCAAGAAUUUGUUAGAGGGCUUGCAAUAUUUUGCUGCAUGCCAACUACGUUAUCAAGUGGAGUGGCGCUUACUCAGCUAGCUGGGGCCAAUUCUGCUCUUGCUCUUGCAAUGACUGUCAUCUCUAAUCUGUUGGGAAUUUUGAUUGUCCCAUUUUCUGUAUCAAAAUUCAUAGCUGAUGGAGCUGGUUUAUCUGUUCCAACUAAGCAGCUGUUCAAAAGUCUUUUUCUCACAUUAUUGAUCCCCCUAAUCUUGGGGAAGAUUUUUCGAGAAUCUUUUGAAGGUGUUGCAGACUUCGUUGAUCAGAACCGUAAAAAACUUUCCAAGAUCAGUGCAAUCCUCCUCAGUUUAGUGCCAUGGAUGCAAGUUAGCAGGUCAAGGUCACUGCUGCUGAUGGUUAAGCCUGCAGUUUUUCUUGGGGCCGUUGGAAUGGGAGUGCUACUGCAUCUCAUCUUGUUAGCCUUUAAUGCUGUUGCUGUUAAGAGCCUCUCAGCUCUGUCUGGUGGUAGUCAAUCUGUUUUUUCCAAGAAGGAAAAUGCAAAUGCUGUUCUCCUUGUUGCAAGCCAGAAAACACUGCCUGUAAUGGUGGCUGUGGUGGACCAACUAGGUGGUGCACUUGGUGAAUCUGGUUUACUUGUUCUUCCUUGUGUUGCAGCACAUUUAAAUCAGAUUAUUCUGGAUUCUAUUCUUGUAAAUUACUGGCUUCGCAAAGAUCUCCCAACCAACAAUGCCAAGGUAUCAUGAAUAUUGGGAAUGUAGCUCAUGAUUGCGCAUUAGGGUUGCAAGUACAUAAUUAGCUUUAUUAGUUGUUAGAAACUUAGAAUAGUUCAGUUUGAUAUGUUGUAUUCAUGUUUUGUUGCAUAUAUUGUAUCUCUCAAAAAGGAGAUCUUGUGUUUUGAAUGUCA